AUGGACACCCGCCGGCCACGGUCGAGCCAGAAGGUCUCCAUGACUUGGCAGGAGGACGAGGAUACUGUAACACACCGCCGUAGGAUGCAGUUUGCCGACGAAUGUGUUGAGACGAAAACGGUCACAACCACAACCACAACAAAGCGGUCAUACCCCCCUCUCUUUCUCCGCGAACCACGAGACGUGCACUCGCUCGACUCCAAAGAAUACCCCCUCGCCGCGAGGCCGACUCCGCCCGAGUUGCGGAAGUUGACCUUUGACCUUGACGACUAUGAGACGGAAGCUUGGGAAGACGAGGACACAGAUGCUCAGGCCGAACGAUCCCAGAGUAUUGAAGACAUCGGCGACAUCAAGCGCGAGCCCGGUGUGGAGAGUCCGGUCUCGACAUCGUCCCAUCGCCCGCAUGAACGGCAGGAACCACACCAACGGAGAUCCCGCAGGCCAAACACCAGGGCCGUCUCGCCAAGCUACACGCCGAUGCCAUCGCGGAGCUCCCGCUUGGCCACGAAACUUACGGGCAUCCCAUACUCGGCCUCCGAUAAGCUGCGUCAUGCCGUAGCACGCGGCCGUAGCAGGGAUGCGGCUAGGGCACCCCGGCGAUCAUCUGGUUACCUGGCGACCCCGAAUACUUCGGACAUGGCCGGUAGUCGUUUGGAGCGUGCAUCACGGUUGAGGCCGUUGUUGGCGGACAUGGCAGACUCGGCAACAAGCCAGUCGACGUCGGCUUAUGACGUAGAGAGCACGGCGGACAUCGAGUCACAAACAUUCAGCAACGUUGCGACACCACCGAUCACGGAUGCCGAGCUGCAGCCUUUCGACGAACACGACGACUCCCUACCGCACGUUGGCCACGACUUGGCGCCGAGACGAAAUAUCAACACGGUAGCUGCCCAGGACGUGAGCCUGCCUAGUCCCAGGCUCUCGCCCACCCUAGCAGCCACCCAGUUACAACCCCACCCAGUUGACGACGAAGACGGGGAAGGCGAGAGUACCUCAUUCUCGACACAGCUCACACGCGCGGAGCAACAACAAUGGAUGGACGAGAGCCAGAUGACAGACGACACCGAGGUUCCGGGGGCGAUGGAGUUGGCCCUUGGGAACUACGAGCGUUCGAGGCUGGGAUCAGACCGACGACCCUAUGUGGACCCGGGCUCAAUGCUGGAUAGCUUUGACGCCAUGCCGAACGAGUUGAAGACGUGGAUGAUGUAUCAGUUCCUGCGAAGGUGUCCCCGCAAGACCCUCCAUGUGGUAGCAGAUGUGGUCAACCCAGCCCUCAAGUGUGACUUUCUCAAGCAACUACCCAUCGAGCUCAACCUCCAUGUCCUCUCCUAUCUGGACCACCGCGACCUCUGCCGCGCGGCACAGGUCUCAAAACACUGGCGGCAUAUUAUCGACAGCAACGAGACCGGAUGGAAGGAGCUCUUUGACCGCGACGGGUUCCACUUGCCGCCGGGGGAGCUCCAAAGGGCUAUCAACGAAGGCUGGGGCUGGCAAGAUCCGGUUGGAUUUGAGGGGUGCGAGGUCGACUUGAGCAACCAGAGCCGUCUCACGUCCAGCGAGACGGAGCUCAUCCGAUCGGCAGUCAAGGCGGAGCAACCCGAGUUUUUGCCGAGGACGAGGAGUGCGAAGCGAAAGCGUGGAUUGACACAGAUCAGCGCCGAGAGGGCGAAGCGGCGGGCUAGCGGCCAAGAGUUGAGAUCGGACCGGAAUUUGCCCGUUUCGAAAACCCACAAGUCCGAGGGUCCUAUCUCAGCCGCCAACGCGGCAGUAAUUGCAGUCCCGGACCCGCAGAUCGGUCUUUCGACCUUGCGGAACCUCCACCUGUUCAAGUCCCUUUAUCGGAGACACUAUAUGUUCCGGCAGAGCUGGAUGAGUGGAAAGGUGAAGCCGGGGCACGUUGCCUUCGCAGCUCACCCCCGGCAUGUCAUCACCUGUCUUCAGUUCGACGACGACAAGAUCAUCACCGGCAGCGACGAUACCUUGAUACACGUUUACGACACCAAGACCGGCAAGCUCAGGACAAAACUGGAAGGCCACGAGGGUGGUGUUUGGGCGCUCCAGUAUGAGGGCAACACGCUCGUGUCUGGUAGUACAGACCGCUCUGUUCGGGUUUGGGAUAUUCAAAAAGGCAUCUGUACCCAGACGUUCUAUGGUCACACGAGUACCGUCCGAUGCCUGCAAAUACUUAUGCCCUCGGACACGGGCAAAGUACACGACGGCAAGCCCGUCAUGAUGCCACCCAAGCCUCUCAUCAUCACCGGCUCACGUGAUAGCCAGCUCCGAGUUUGGAGGUUACCCGAGGCUGGCUCCCGCCGGUACAUUCAGACCGGCCCGCCGGCCAACGAUGACCAAUGCCCCUACUUCAUCAGGAUUCUCUCUGGACACGCCCACUCGGUGCGCGCUAUCUCGGCACACGGGGACACGCUCGUUUCCGGUAGCUACGACAGCACCGUCCGCGUGUGGCGCAUCAGCACUGGCGAACAACUGCACGUUCUGCACGGCCACGUACAAAAAGUGUACUCCGUCGUGCUCGACCACAAGCGGAACCGGUGCAUCUCGGGUUCCAUGGACUCGCUGGUCAAGAUCUGGGACUUGAACACAGGAACCUGUUUGUAUACCCUUGAAGGGCACAGCAUGUUGGUCGGCCUUUUGGACUUGCGAGACGACCAGCUGGUGUCUGCGGCCGCCGAUAGCACGCUCAGAAUCUGGGACCCCGAAACAGGCAAAUGCAAGAAGGUGCUCGAGGCCCACACCGGCGCCAUCACUUGCUUUCAGCAUGACGGACGGAAGGUGAUUUCCGGCAGCGAGAAGACGGUCAAGAUGUGGGAUGUCGACAGUGGCGAUUGCGUGCAGGAUCUUCUGACGGACUUGGGCGGCGUGUGGCAGGUCAAGUUUGAUGACCGGAGAUGCGUGGCCGCCGUGCAGCGCGGGAAUCUUACAUAUGUUGAGAUUCUCGACUUUGGCGCUGUCCGUGAUGGUAAGCCGCCUGAGGAACUGGGCAAGCGGAAGCUGCUGAAUGAGGCCGAGGUCCAGCGGCUGAUCGCGGAGGAAUCCUGA